GUGUGUGUAGAGGUGCAACUACAAACUAUCUUUCCUUGACACAGCAAGUGUCACCACAGUUGUUGCCAUCAUUUCUAGUUGUUAUGGUAAUAUUUAUACUUGAACUGCUACAUAAUAUAAUCAUUUUUGUUUUAAAAGCAGGUUGAUUAUGAAAAUUGAAACAUUCAUUAUAAUAAUGUUAUGAGAAUAGAGGUGCAACAAUUAAUCGAUUAUCGACAACUAUUUUGCUAACCAAUUAAUUGUUUAGGAACUUCUUCACCUUAAACCUGUCUAAAUUCUUAAAAUUACAUACCUAUAACUAUACGUAUAACUUUUCAGUUGUAAAUAUGAUCCGAUUUCUUCAUUAUUUUUUUGUUAAGUCAAAGUAGGACAUGAACAAAUGUCUGCUUUUACUUUGGAAAACAACAAUUCACCUUUUUGACAAUUUUCGGACAUCUUACUCUCUAAACCAGCUUCUUAAUAAGGCUUAAUAAUACAGUUGUUGACGACAGUUAGGUCAGGAAGCCGUAAUGAAAUAUUAUUUUUUAAGAAAAUAGUCAUCCAUUUUGUGUUCAUUCAUUGUUACUCACUACAUGUUAUAUUACUACAAUAUAUAUAUAUAUACACAUGCCUAAAACAACUUCAAGGUAUAUGGUGAAGGUAAUUGAAAAAAGUGACAUUUCUCCAAUUAAUCAUUUUCAUUUGGAUUUCGGACAUAUCGUUAAUUUUGGUAAAAGUCAACAACCUGGCAUAUUUUCCCAUUUUUAUUUAUUAAAUCUGGCCAAGAGUCAUCUAAAAUGACUUACACAAGCUUCUUUAAAAUAAACUGCUGUAUUUUAAGCCAAAAGAACUGUUGUGUUUGAUAGAACAAUAUGUCUAUAUGCUGCCAUAGCAGAUUCAUGGCGCAUUAAGCCCUCGAACUAUUUUUAAUUUGUCCGUUUUACCCUGGUAACCCUUGUUUACAGACGUCGCGCAACCGAUAAUAAUUAUUUUCCAUUCUAAUUUGGAAAUAAAUUCUUUAAAAAUCAAACAAUAUGAUUUUCUGUUUUUUUAUCCACAUUCUGUCUCUCAUGGUUGAGGUUUACCCAUGUUGACAAUUACAGGCUUCUCAAAAUGUCCGUCAUUUUUAGCUUAGAAUCAUUCAUUGAUGUCUAAUAUUUCGUUAAAAGAAAAAAAACACUUAAAAAAAUUAUUCACUCGCAUAUUUUAAACUUUUAAGCAAAUUAAGUCACAAUGAAAAAAAUUGUGUCUGUAAAAAAGUCGCGGAUAUCUACCUCAUAGCUAUCGCUUGAUUGAAUUUUUUGUUACUCUCGCAUUAUGUUAGAUGAUAAAUAAUCGAUCCAAACAAAGAAAAAUUGAAAAUAUAACAAAACAAACAAAAAAAAAGUUUAAAAGGGUAAAUAUAUGAAAAUCUCGACCACUCUUUGAUGUCUACGAUUUCUGCAUCGCGACCCUUGUUCUAUGACCAUGUUUCACUUCUAAAAUUCCCCCAAAAAAUCCAGCUGUGAACAUUCACAGCUGUGUCUUGACAGUCAGUGAUACAUGCUACAUGGAGUUUUUGGAUCGAAACAAGACCGUCCGUCAAUGGCGUUGCUGGAAGAGGAGGACGGGGAGCAUCCGCGUCGCGAGUGGAGCCCCAGCAUGGGCCACCGAGAGCGUAUCCCCAUUCAAAUCAAGGAUAAGCAAAACCUCCGGGUCCACCGAGAAGAGCUCCACGGCUCUUGCCCCACCUCAGAAAACAUGUUCUCGCCUCCCCCUGUCGCCAACGAGUACGCGCCGGACGGCCCUCACGCGUCCGCCCUGCCGUCGAGUCAAGGCGUGGAGAACAGGGAGCAGGAUCCCAACUCUCGAGGCUCCUCGAGGCACGUGAAGGCGGAAAGCGGAGGCGGCCACAGAGGCCCCGUAUCCUCCAACAACGGCGGGCAGCCCCUCGCGCCGGUAAACUGCGCGAAUGAAAACAACGUGGACAUUAUAGGAGUGGAGAACGGAGGACAAAUGGUCGGCGCGAAAGGAAACGGACCCGUGGCAAACCAAGGACAAGCCUCUCAUAUGCGUAAUAACCAAGGCGCCAACGUCAUGGAGUGCCCUCAUCAGAAAUCCCCCAUGCAAGGCCACGUGUCGUCCUUUUGUUGCAAAGUUUGCGGGGAGGCGUUUAGUCACGUCGGACACCUGCACGUGCACGUACAGGUGCACACGCGGGAAAAACCUUACCGCUGCGGUGUAUGCGGGAAGUGCUGCAGCUCUUCGGGCCGACUGCAGGAGCACCAGCGGAGCCACACCGGAGAAAAACCUUUCCGCUGCCAGAUUUGCGGCAAGGGCUUCACGCAAAUGGCUCACCUCAAAGUGCACAUGAGGAUUCACACGGGGGAGAAGCCGUACAGCUGCCCCGUGUGCGGCAAGUGCUUCAGUCGCUCGGAUAAAAUCAAAAGGCAUCUUCAGACGCAUAGCCGUGAGGGGUCUUAUUUUUCAGGCCAGUGAUGAAACGCCGUCGCUGAACAGUCCUUUUUUUCUUCUAAAACAACGACUGCCGUUUAAAAAGAAUUUUGUACUGACUUAGAACAUGGAAAUCUUUUACUCUUUCUGUCCUUUUUUCCAUUUAUUUGUAGAGAAUGUAUGCACUGUAAAAAACAACCGAUACAGUCAUGUAAAAGAAGUAGGACACCCCAUUAAAUAUUCAGUUCUCAAUGAAGAAAUGUUCACAUAUCUAUGUCUGAUCUUGUUUUUCUUAAUAGUGUAAAGUAGGGAUGUCCCGAUCCAGGUUUUUGCACUUCUGAUCCGAUACCGAUAUUAUUUUGCACUUCCGAUCCGAUACUGAUACUGGCCGAUACCGGCCUAUCUGAGCAUGUAAAGGGUUUUAGUCCUCUUGAUAACAACUAGCCACCUGAAUUAGGUGAGUUUGAAUAACACACAAUUGUUGGUAACAAGAAACGGACCUGUUUAUUCAGUGAUAAACACAAAAUAUUAUAAAUAACAAACAAAAACGGCAUAUUCAGUCGGUAAAACGUGCAAAUAAUAUUGUAAACUGUCUUAAAAAAGCAGAAAGCACAAACAACCUCCGUGGAAAAUAAACUAUUAACUCCGCAUCAGUUCUCUGCUCUUGAUCUACUGUACUAAGGCUUAUGAAUGUGUGCAGUAAAAUGUGGACUGGAUUUUAGGGAAGUCAAAUCCGGACGACCCGGACCGGGGUCUAAAAAAAACUGGAUCGGGAGUCUGGAUCGGAUCCGAUACUGAUGCGCAUUUUUUUGCGCUUAUCGGCGGUCAAUCCGAUCUAAAUAUCGGGUCGGAACAACCCUUGUGUAAAGUUUAGCCUAUUUUACUUAAAUAUUACAGUGGUAUGAAAUGUCUGAACCUUUUGGAAUUUCUCACAUUUAUGCAUAAAAUCACCAUCAAAUGUGAUCUGAUCCUUGUCAAAAUUGCACAGAUGAAAAAACAGUGCUUUAACUAAAACCACCCAAUAAUAUUUUGUGCCCGCCCCCCUUUGGCAGCAAUAACUUCAACCAGACGCUUCCUGUAGCUGCAGAUCAGUCUGGCAAAUCGAUCAGGACUAAUCUUGGCCCAUUCUUCUCGACAAAACUGCUGUAGUUUAGUGAGAUUCUUGGGAUGUCUGGCAUGAAUCGCUGUCUUUAGGUCAUGCCACAGCAUCUCAAUGGGUUUCAAGUCUGGACUUUUACUUGACCACUCCAAAUCAUGUACAGUGCCCGCCAUAAUUAUUGGCACCCCUGAAAAAGAUGUGUUUUUUAGCUUCUAAUAAUUUUUUUUAUUCAAAUAAUAUGGGACCUUAAUGGAAAAAAAGAGAAAUGUCCAACUUUCAAUACAAGUGCAUUCAUUCAGUAGUGAAAAAAUCCCACAUAUAGAAAAAAUUAUUUGACAUCAAAUAAUGUGUGUCACAAUUAUUAGCACCCCUGGUGUUAAUACUUUGUACAACCCCCUUUUGCCAACAAAACAAGGUCUGGGGACUGAGAUGGCCAUGGGAGGAGCUUGAUUUUGUGUCUGGUGAACCAUUUCUGUGUAAAUUUGGCCAUAUGUUUAGGGUCAUUGUCUUGCUGAAAGACCCAGUGACAACCCAUCUUCAGCUUUUGGGCAGAGGGCAAAAAAUUUUGAUUUCAAAUGUCCUGGUAUUUCAAAGCAUUCAUGAUGCCAUGCACCCUAACAAAUCUAUAACUGUUUGGGUGGUUUUAGUUAAAGCAGACACUGUAUUUUCAUCUGUGUGAUUUUGACAAAGAUCACAUUUGAUGGGGAUUUUAUGGAAAAAUGUGAGAUAGUCCAAAAAGUUCGGAUACUUUUUCAUACCACUGUAAAUGCGUCAACUAUAAUACAGGUACUACCCGGGUUACGAUGUAUUCGACUUCCGCGAUUUCAACGCUAUGACGCAGGAGUCUUGUCCGCCAUUUUGUCUCCAGUCUUUUUUUUCUUUUGUCACAAAAACAGUACCUAAUUGUACCUCACAGUAUGUUUUUUUUUAAAUUUAUUAACAUGACUUGUUCUGUUCUCACUAAACGUGAAGUUGCUCAGCUUUACCGACAUCAAACAAUUGUGCUUUUUGAAGCUUUUUACUUCCUUCACUUUUGACAAUUUGUGAAGCUGCAACACGUCUGUUCAAAACGACACGCGUUUUAACAAUAAAACACUCGACACAAAACGUUUGGUGUUCAAACGUCCAUCUAGUCUGAUCAACAUGUAAAUUUAGUAGAUUAAAUUAGCCUAAUUUGCAUCACAAAAGUCAACUAGAUGUCAGCUAAAUGCUACGAAUGCUAAUGUACUGGUAGUCCCCGGGUAAUGGCGUACUCAACUUUUUCUUUUUCUUUCUUUUUAACCUUCAUACAAGCCAAAAGUAUGAAACAAUCAUGCAUGUGUCUGACAGUUUUUUCCUUAAAGAAUAAAUGUUACAUUCAUACAUGGUACAUGCUCAUGUCUUACACCACUUGCAGUUGUAUUUAUUUGUUUGAAACUGAUAGAGGAGAGCUAGAUUUGGCCAGUUUGUAGAAAUGUUAAUAAGUAGAAAAUGUUCUAAAUAAAGAACAUGAUUGAUUUCUAAUAUUGUCUUAUGGAUUCUAUGUACCUUUACACCCCUGAUAUGUACAUACGUACAGUACGUACCGUCUUUGAAUAAUAAAUACAGUGGGGCAAAUAAGUACAGUAAUUUUCGGACUAUAAGCAGCUACUUUUUUCCUUCAUUUUGAUACCUGUGGCUUAUAGUCCGGUGCGGCUUAUUUGUUGAUUUUUUUUAGGUAACACUUUAUUUGACAGCGGUGUCAUAAGACUGUCAUAAGAUCAUCAAAAUUAUGACUUGACACUAUCAUACACAUUACUGAAUGCUUACGUCAUCAAGUGUCAUUUGGCAAAUUAUGUCACUUACUCAAUUUUUGUCCAUCUUGGAUCUUUUGCAUCCAUUCAAAAGUGAGAUUAUUUGCCGGAUAACACUUAAUGACAUCUGUUAUAAGCAUUCAUGAAUGCUCAGGACAGAGACAUGUCAUAAUUAUGAUUGUGUAAUGACAGUCUUAUGGCACCACUGUCAAAUAAAGUGUUAGCAAAUACCAUAACUAGCAAUUGAUGAAACAAUUGGAACAGUAACUGAAGAAAUAUUUAGCACAGAACAUGAUUUUUGAUUGUUAUUUACAUCUGUAGUGCUGCAAUGCAUGCUAAGAGGCAUGUUGGAUGACAACAGUCAACAGCAGGUGGCAGCAGAGGUUGACUGUCUCCCCCAAGGGAGCAGUGAUGGCCAAAUGAAGCUUCUUGAAGCAAUAAAGCUUUGCACUAAUUAGUAAGAAGUUUAAUGAUGGUUCAUUUGGUCUUAUGACAGUCGGUCAUAUGAUGCCGCUGUCAAAUAAGGUUGUACCGGUUAUUAUCUUUUGGUGUAAAUAUCCCAUGAUACAGUGAGGACAGCUGCGGCUUAUAGUCCAGUGCGGCUUAUCUAUGAACAAAUGCCGUUUUCGUGCCAAAUUUGGUGGGCUGCGGCUUAUAGUCAGGUGCGCCUUAUAGUUCGAAAAUUAGGGUAUUUAGUCAACCACUAAUUGUGCAAGUUCUCCCACUUGAAAACAUUAGAGAGGCCUGUAAUUGUCAACAUGGGUAAACCUCAACCAUGAGAGACAGAAUGUGUAAAAAAAAACAAAAUCACAUUGUUUGAUUUUUAAAGAAUUUAUUUGCAAAUCAUGAUGAGAAAUAAGUAUUUGGUCAAUACCAAAAGUUCAUCUCAAUACUUUGUUAUGUACUCUUUGUUGGCAAUAAUGGAGGCCAAACGUUUUCUGUAACUCUUCACAGGCUUUUUACACACUGUUGCUGGUAUUUUGGCCCAUUCCUCCAUGCAGAUCUCCUCUAGAGCAGUGAUGUUUUGGGGCUGUCGUUGGGCAACACGGACUUUCAACUCCCUCCACAGAUUUUCUAUGGGGUUGAGAUCUGGACACUGGCUAGGCCACUCCAGGACCUUGAAAUGCUUCUUACGAAGCCACUCCUUUGUGGCCCUGGCUGUGUAUUUGGGAUCAUUGUCAUGCUGAAAGACCCAGCAACGUCUCAUCUUCAAUGAUUUUCACUCAAAAUCUCUCGAUACAUGGCCCCAUUCAUUAUUUCCUUUACACAGAUCAGUCGUCCUGGUCCCUUUGCAGAAAAAACAGCCCCAAAGCAUGAUGUUUCCACCCCCAUGCUUCACAGUGGGUAUGGUGUUCUUCGGAUGCAAUUCAGUAUUCUUUCUCCUCCAAACACGAGAACCUGUGUUUCUACCCAAAAGUUCUAUUUUGGUUUCAUCUGACCAUAACACAUUCUCCGAGUCCUCUUCUGGAUCAUCCAAAUGCUCUCUAGCGAACCGCAGACGGGCCUGGACGUGUACUGGCUUCAGCAGGGGGACACGUCUGGCAGUGCAGGAUUUGAGUCCCUGGCGGCGCAUUGUGUUACUGAUAGUAGCCUUUGUUACUGUGGUCCCAGCUCUCUGUAGGUCAUUCACUAGGUCCCCCCCGUGUGGUUCUGGGAUUUUUGCUCACCGUUCUUGUUAUCAUUUUGACGCCACGGGGUGAGAUCUUGAAUAGAAUCCCAGAUCGAGGGAUAUUAUCAGUGGUCUUGUAAGUCUUCCAUUUUCUAAUAAUUGCUCCCACAGUUGAUUUCUUUACACCAAGCAUUUUACCUAUUGCAGAUUCAGUCUUCCCAGCCUGGUGCAGGUCUGCAAUUUUGUCUCUGGUGUCCUUCGACAGCUCUUUGGUCUUGGCCAUAGUGGAGUUUGGAGUGUGACUGACUGAAGUUGUGGACAGGUGUCUUUUAUAACGAUAAUGAGUUAAAACAAGUGCCAUUAAUACAGGUAAUGAGUGGAGCCUCGUUAGACCUCGUUAGAUCUCGUUCGAAGAAGUUAGACCUCUUUGACAGCCAGAAAUCUUGCUUGUUUGUAGGUAAUUAUUUUCCACACUAAUUUGGAAAUAAAUUCUUUAAAAAUCAAUUUUCUGUUUUUUUUCCACAUUGUGUCUCUCAUGGUUGAGGUUUACCCAUGUUGACAAUUACAGGCCUCUAUAAUCAUUUCAAGUAGGAGGACUUGCUCAAUUGGUGGUUGAGUAAAUACUUAUUUGCCCCACUGUAUUUACAUACGUACAGUAUGUACCAUCUUGGAAUAACAAAUAUCUACGGAUAAAUGUAUUUCGGUACAGUAUGUAUUUACAAUCUAUAAAAAAAAAAAAAAAUCUGAUUGUGGUAACUAUCCACUGUUCUGUAAUAAAAUAUACUCGCCACCUGGGGGGGCACUUAUCAUGUCGAAAGUCGAUCCGUGAACCUGGCAACAGUGUUUUUCUAUUUGUGAAAUUCAAAGUUUCAAUUUAUUUAUUCAUUUCUUCUUCUUUCACUGUUCUGCUCACCUGUCACGGUGCAGACAGGAAAUGAAACCAUGAUGUUCACUGAUUAGAUGCCUAGUGGCUUUUAUUGAGCCUUUACAAAGAUCAUUUGCUCACAUCGAGCCUCAAUUUUGUGUGUGAUUUGAACUAAGGGUGGAAACCUCGUUUGCUCACGAUACGGUACGAUAUUCGAGACAUACUACAUCGCUCACGAAAAUGACGUCGCGAUAUGGUGACACAACAAUUAUUGACACAUGGGUUAGGAAAUCAUUUUACAAAACAACUUUAUGAGAUUACCAUGAGUAGCCGUGACAUCCGCCGCCUCCCAGUCGAAAUGGAUUGGACAUCUAGCGCCGUUGAUGACAGUUUAUUAGGCUCGAGCGUUUACGUCACAGCAGCACGGGAUCGUGCGAGAUUUGCGACAACGCAGCCAUUGCGGAAGCACGUCUGCAUCACGGGACAUUUAAACUUAACGGCAAAUACAAUUGAACUACGAGUGCCAAAGAUGGAAAAAUGUAGGGAAAACUUGCCAGUUCGAUACAGAGACAAACUUGUUACCACGGCGAAGGACAGAUAUGUGAGCAGUUUUAAGGAUGUGAACAAUGUUGACCCUCACGAGCAAGCCGAACACAAAUGGAAUAAAGAUGUCGACAAGCUUCCACCACUACGCGAAAUGGACAUCAUGCUGUAUUUAGUGUUUGGUGUAUGUUACUAUGCUCAUCAGCAAUUCCGAAACUACAAAUCGCUACAAAGCUAAGAACAGUUUUGCUGCGGAUGGGUGCAGGAUCUGCACAUUAUGACCGUAGCAAACGGCAACACCAUCUUUCUAGCAAAGGUAGGCAGUGUGUGUUUACAUUAGUCUGUGACCACGGAUGUACAAAUUUUUUGUUGCAGAAAACGUAGCCUGUGUACAAAUUCUUUGCCACUGUCUCACGUCAAAUUAUUACAGCUUUUUCAUUUAGCAACGACAGGAAUUAUGUCUUAUGAAGACAAUGCACAUGUAUGCAUGCUAGUUGUUUAGCUGUAGCUAUAGCUAACAACAGGCCGACUUUGGGCGUAAAGUUACUGAAAUUUGCGUAAACAAACAAAAUUAACUUACCGGAGUGGAAGUGCAUAGAGCAAACUCAGUGUGUAACUGGAGAAUCAAACGUUAUGCCCUUCCUUCUGAUCGAGGCCACCCGUGCCAUUCUUCGACAUUUGGUAAGUUCAGAUAUGACCUUUCCCUCGCCUUUUCUCCAUGUAGGGAUCCGAAAGAAACUCAAUGGUGUUCCGUCGAGCUGUACAUUCUCCUUUCUAUUCGAUUGGUUGUUGCAAUUCUUUACCGCACAAUAAUUUCCAACCAUUUUUAAAGAGCGACCUGUGUUCAAAUGCCUCACUGUUAUGUUUCUUGCUUCCAUAA